AAACAACUUCCAUCGGGCAAUCAUCAUGAUAUCAUUUACUUAACAUCUCUAUUCUCUACCGUUAAGUAGUUAGUGUAGUAGUACAUAUUAGUACAUAGUCUAUAUAUUUGGCCCAUAAGGCCCAUGGAUGAAGUAGAAUGUUGUAAAUGUUACAUAUGUAUGCCAAACGAAAAAUAUAGAUAUUAUGUACAAGUACAAAUUUGUAAUACUACACCUACAUCUACAUUAAGGCAUGCUAACACCAAUUUCAGGGCAAAAGAAAAUGUAGCAUAAUUUAUGUGAAAAUACUCAGAACAGCUGGUUAAUUAUCUCUACAAAGCAGGGUGACUCUUUAUGUUUAGCCCAGUGCAAUCAUAAGGUACAAAGUUACUAAAAACUGCAUCAGCGCAUGGCCACAUCGUGGCUGGCCCUGGCGGCCUUCGCGGCCGCCGCCGUGCUCGCCGCGCCGUGCGCGGCGCAGGACUCGCCGCAGGACUUCGUGGACCCGCACAACGCGGCGCGGUCCGACGUCGGCGUGGGCGCCGUGUCCUGGGACGACGCCGUGGCGGCCUACGCGCGGAGCUACGCGGCGCAGCGGCGGGGCGACUGCGCGCUGGUGCACUCCGGCGGGCCCUACGGCGAGAACAUCUUCUGGGGCUCCGCCGGCGCCGACUGGUCGGCGGCCGACGCCGUGGCGUCGUGGGUGUCCGAGAAGCGGUGGUACGACCACGGCAGCAACAGCUGCUCGGCGCCGGAGGGCCGGUCGUGCGGCCACUACACGCAGGUGGUGUGGCGCGACUCCACCGCCGUCGCCUGCGCCCGCGUCGUCUGCGACAACGGCGGCGGCGUCUUCAUCACCUGCAACUACAACCCGCCGGGCAACGUCGUCGGCCAGAGCCCGUACUAG